CUCAACGUUCCGGUGGCACUCCAGAGCUACCGGUAGCUAGCCCCCUUCCCACAUAAAUUUCAAUUCACGCUUUGGGGCCAACCUUCACAACAACUAACGCACCCACUCCAUCCACAGACUGCCAUUGUUUUGGAUGGCAUCUCCUGGAUGAAAGACGAAUGAAUAGCGUGCCAUUAGUUUCUUUCACGUGGACCAAGAAGCAAGCAAUCAAUCGCUGGUAUCCUUACUGCUAGCUAGCCCUACCAGUGGAGUUUCUUUUUGCUUCUAUCGAUAAUGGCGAGAGCAAGCUACCGAGAAUCCACCGGCUUUGUGCAAGAACACAAUCGGUCCAAUGUCAAGUUUGUGUUAGCAUCGGCCCCCCUGGCCGUUGUGAUGAUAUUUUUCGUCUAUGAAGCCUACCAUCGGCCCGAAAAGCCAUUCUACAAUAUCCCUUCCUACGUAACGGACGAUGCAGUUCUCCGAAAAGCUGCAGAAGACAGUGGCUCGUUUGUUCCGCUAAUGGACAUGUGUUACGUUAUGCUAUCCUUUUGCGUCGCCUGGGCAUGUCUAGCGGGAUACUUCCUUGGCUUUUUGGCUGCUAGAAGAAACAUCAUUGAAAGGUAUCUCGACUCUGGAAAGCCCGUCCGGGGCAAUGUCGUCUACGAGCAUCGCUGUUGGGCCUUUGAGUUUCGAUACUACGGAUAUUGCUCCUACCAACAUCCUGAUCCUGCUUCUGAUCCUAAUAUUGAGGAUUUGGGAGAGUCACCAAUCAUCAUUCGAAAGAGAACUCGUAUAUUUGAACCCUACACCAGGGAACUGGUGCCCAUUCUAUGCCUACCAGGAUACCCCAUGUCCGGCCAAGGCAAGGACGAUGUGGAAUUCGCAAACAUCAACGCUUUGAAGAAUAAGUCUCGAGAAGUUUUCCUGGGCUGGUUCUGCCUGGCAUGGACUGUAGUCUGCGCGGCUGUCCCAAUUUACAUCUUGCAUCAGAUGUCUAUCAUUGUUGAAAGAGAGUAUUAUGCUGGGAUAUCUGACAAUUAUGACAACCCGAAGAAGGGAUGGGCUGUUUACUGGCUAUUCAUUGGCAUUGGGGUGCUGGGAGGUGGUGUAGGAGGAAAUGCUUUGGCUUGGAUGUACCGCCGAUGGUGGAUUCUACACCAAGGAAGUGCCGCCGAAGGCGACCUUUCAGUCCAUGGAGUUUCGCCACAAACGGGGAACGCCCAAGACUAUGUAAGGAUGUCGACUGUCACUCGCCAAUGAUGCAGAUGAUACCAAUGAUACCGUAGACGUCUUGCGCUGUUGUAAAUCUUGUCUAAAAAAUAGUUGUGUCUAAUCAAAGUAAGCUCCGUGUUUUUAGCUUCCGUAG